AAACCGGAAGUAGAAAUGGCGCAUUCAUUUUUCCCGACAUGACACAGAUCAAUACAAGUAAGUACACUUAAACUCUGAUAACGUAAACUCGUACGAUUACAAGACGUGUGUGAUGUGUUUGGUUCAUUAUUGUGAAGCAACACAUAAACCGCUGGUUAACACGAGGCCCAAGAAAAUCAUCCACUUCCUUAACCGCAGUUAGGUUUUACUGGCUAUCAAAGUUCAACUCCUUACAGCCCCGUGAAGAAAUAGCUGAGUUGCAUUUCCUUUGUGGGGAAGUGUUGGCUCCAUAGCAGAUCAACUUAUGUCAAAAGGCAAGAUGAAUUUGGAGGAAUACUUCAAAAGAAUUGGUUUCCACGGCUCAUAUGAUAAACCGGAUCUUGCAACACUGAAGUUGAUCCACAAACAGCACGUCAUGUCAGUUCCAUUUGAAAACCUCAGCAUUCACUGUGGUGAAAGGAUCACCAUGGACCUUGAGGCCAUUUUCAAUAAGAUAGUGAGGAGCAGCCGUGGGGGUUGGUGCCUUGAGAACAACUCCCUGUUCGGCUGGGUGCUGAGAGAAAUGGGCUACGACGCUACCACGCUGGGCUCCAGAGUCUUCAACAGAAGCAGCAAUGAUUUUUACCCCACUGAAACACAUCUCAUCAACAAGGUCGUCAUUGAUGGAAAGUCUUAUAUAGCAGAUGUAAGCUUCGGGGUGUCUUCCCAAGUCUGGGAGCCCCUGGAGCUCGUCUCUGGAAAGGACCAACCUCAGGCUGCGGGUGUCUUUCGUCUCAUAGACAAGGGGGACAUGUGGGUGCUGGAGAAGACUGGUAGAAAGCCAGAGGUUCUCAAUCCAGACUUUGCCAAAUCAAGUCUGGUGAACAGGAAGGAAACAAAGCAGAUCUACAGCUUCACCUUGGUGCCUCGUGAGGCCGAGCAUUUCUUUGAGACAAACCACACGCUUCAAACAGAUCCUACUUCACUGUUCACCAAUAAGUCCAUCUGCUCUUUGCAAACCCCAACAGGAUUCAGAGCCCUUGUUGGCUGGAUCUACAGUGAGGUCACCUACAAGCCUGAGGAAGGCGUUGAUGUCUUAGACUUGAGGGACGUAACAGAUGAUGAGAUAGAGCUAAUUCUGAGGGGAAAGUUCAGUGUGAAGCUGCAGAACAAACUGCAAUCUGUAAACAAAAAAGUAUGCUACACACUCUGAAACAACACAUAUUCUGUGUUGAAAUUGUCCUGAAAUUAUAUCGCUAUCCCAGUGUUGAUUUAAUGACUGACCAGGUAGAGCAGGCUGUUAAAGAAUCAUCUAUUUAAACAGUGAUUGGAUUUUUUUUUUGUGUGCAAUGUUAAUGAUGCUAUUAUAUAAUGACUGAAACAAUAAUAAACAGUACUUAAAAUGUGAUAUGCCAUUAAUUGCCAUGUUUGCAGGUCCAGAGAUGGGAAGUAAUCAUGUACAUUUAAAUCGUGCACCAACAAAUGUCUCAACAGUAUAAAAGCAAAGUUAAAGUUUGUAGAAAAGCAAAGAAAGCUGUAUAGUUCUGCAAAAAAAAAAAAAAAAAACCCUGUGGAAAGACAUGAGACCAAGAUUAAUCUAUACCUAGAGUGAUGGACAAGUGAAAUCGUGGAGAAAAAAAAGGAUAAGCUCAUAAUGAAUAUUGUUACCUCUAACUGAGUAGAUUUGUUUAGAUGUUCUAUUAAAACACCAUGAGGCAAUGUCCAUCGUCAAAGAACUUUAAUGAACUCACUCUUCAUUUUCCAAAUAUCAUGCAUUCAUGUACACUCAAAAAGUUCAAACUGUCCUCCUGAAUGAAUAUAUCCACAUCAGUAAUUCAGCUGAAUAUCUAACAAACUGAACCGUCAUGGUCAGUGCAAAGUGCAUUAAUUAAUAAAAAUAUUUGAACUGUA